CAGAGUUUUAUAGGUUUGCGGAAGUGAACGCGAACUACAAGUACCGCGGGCACGCGCCCUACGCUCGAGGCAGUGUAAACAGUACUCCAGGAACAUGAAGCGAUCGGAUGACAGUGAGAGGGAAAAGAGGAGAAAGAGGCGUCGUCUCCUACAGGAACUUGGCGAGCAAAAGAUCCCCUUCCUGACUCCGUCUGAUUCCGGCUUCCAGCAGCUAUGGGACACCAGUUAUUCUGGACUGAUGGUGCGGCGCUCAGGCAGCCUUCCCCCUGGCCUGGACGAGCGCGUUCAAUCAGCGCUGAGGACUCUGCGUGAGCGAGGCUGCCUCCUGAGGGACCUUGUGCGUGUUCGAGAGCGUGACGUGUUCACGGCCGUGUCGCGUGCCCUCGUCGGCCAGGCCGGCUGCACCUACCGCUACCUGGACACCCGUCUCUUCACCAUCCCCUGGCACUGCGAGGAAGACGAGGGCCUGGGACGUGACGAAGGCCACGGAGACAAACCAUGCUGCGAAGCCGGGCUAAGAGCCGCCUGCAAAGCCUUAUGGGAGCUGAACCAGUUCUUCUGCUCUGACGUGCAACAGCAUCAGAAGACCCGGGCCAGCAAACGCAAGCGCAGCGAAGCAGAAGAAGAGGAGGAAGAAAAAGAAAAGACAGAAAGUGAAGGAUGUUCAGAGGAUCGAACGUGCGAAGAAAAGGAAGAGAAGAAGGCGGGGGAAGAUUCAGAUAGUGGACAGGGCUGCUCUCGCUUGUCUCCUCCUUCUAACAAGUCCGGCCCGAUCCGGUUUAACAUCACGCUCAUUAACUACAUGGACCCGGCCAGCAUGAGCCAGCUGAAGGAGGAGCCGUAUUACGGCAUGGGGAAGAUGGCAGUGGGAUGGCACCAUGAUGAGAACCUCGUUCCUCUUUCUCCUGUCGCAGUUUACAGCUACAGCUGCCCGGGAGAGACCAAGACUGAAGUAAAGCCAGCUGAGGAAAAAGAAGGACAGACAUCAAACGAAGCAGACAAAGGGGACAAAGAAGGAGGGAGCCAGCAAGAAGUGGAGAAAGCAGGGGAUGGGUGCACGAGUAAAGAGGAAGGAGUGAAAGAGAAAGCGUGCUGGCGUGUUGGGUUGAAGGUGGCCUGGGACAUCCACACACCAGGGUUAGCCCUGCCACUGCAGUCCGGAGACUGCUAUUACAUGACAGAUGAUCUGAACAGGACACACCAGCAUUGCGUACUAGCAGGAGACACGGCCAGAUUCAGCUCGACACACAGAGUCGCACAGUGCGUAACAGGAACCUUGGAGUACAUCCAGAAACGCUGCUCUGAAGCUUUGGAGAACUUACACACAGAUCCAGAGACUGGUGCAAAGAGUCUACGCUCGCUUCUCCUCGCCACCAUACAGCACAUAGAGGACAUCCAUAAUGAGGUGGAGUUUGAAUGGCUGAGGCAGUAUUGGUUCCAGGGCCGGCGUUAUGCUCGUUUCUGCAGCUGGUGGAGUAAACCCAUGGAGCGUCUGGAGACUGACUGGAAGCAGAUGGAGAGGAUGACUGAGCUGCUGCUGGCGGUGGUGGAGGAUGAGAGCAAUGUUCAGGAGAAUCGACAGGAGAUGGCUGAGACUCUGCUUAAUGCUCUGAGUGACAGACAGCAGCAUAGGCAGACCUGGAGGGACAGAUGCCAGUCGAGCCUGGCGCAGACUCUCCCCCCUGAGGAAGCUCCCGUCGACCGACCGUACUGGACCGGCGACGAUCCCGACAUGCCUCUGCCUUUUGACCUCUCCGACAUCAUCAGCCGGGUGGAGUCACUCCUCUGGAGAAUGUGAACAUUUGAGUCAGACAAUGAAAGAGAGAGGCAGAAAGAGAUAGAGGUACCAUGAAGAAGUGGCACAGGUCAUACAAGAACUGCACUUACCUGGGGAUGAGCACACACACACACACACACACACACGCACACACACACACAUACAUACAUACAUACAUACAUACAGACACACACACAUCUACACACACACUCUCACACACCAAACACAAGAUUCCACCAUCGUAUGGACGAACGGACGGAAGAGAAGAACGGAACAGGACGAGACUGAGUUCUUUUUAAUCUUUCUCAUUUCUUCCUUCAUGGUUGUUUAACUUGUAGUGUUACAAUGCGAACGCAUUUAAGCAUUUCAGCAGUAGCUUUCAGAAACCUAGUCAUCCAGUAGUGUACGAUUUUACUCACAUAGUGUCUUUUAACAAGCUGUGUCUGUCCUGCAUCACGUAUACAGUAUACACAUCACGCUUUACCAUGCACUUAUUGCUAGUUAUCUGAAGAUACAGAGAGGGAACGCAGCCACCAGGAUGGGAGGGAGGUCAUGUGACUGAUGUAUGAUGAUGUCAUGACAUGUCUGUAGUUUUCAGUUUUCAGUCUUUGCGUGUCAGUAUUGCCGAUUAUUGCUUUUGUCUGCUUGUGUAUGUGUGUGUGAGAGAGAGACCUUGUGUACACAAGAAUGUUUGUGUGUAUGUGUGUGCUCUAUUAGUAUACA